AUGCUACCACCACUGUCGAACCGGAAUACACCAAUGUCGGGUGAAACAAUCACCAAAUUAAUCCGUCAAAAUUACAAACCACAAUCACCUGUUCACUACCAUCAUGAACAAGUUCAGUGCAGGACUGACACUAUAUGUCAGAAAGAAAAACCAAUAGAUUACUGGAAAAACAACUUCCACAGACGCCAGGCCAACUUGCAGUGUGGAUUCAACAGCUCUUUGACCGAGCCAUUCAAGCCGAUCGGAGGGGAGGUCAUCCUGGACCCCUUAGACCUUGUCCUGUCCACGUUACCAUCUGUACAUGUGGAGAAGAAGGGAAAAUGGCAGCAAAGACGGGGAACUGUGUUGGAGGACUUGAGAAUGGAUGCACUAAGAAAAGAUUUAGAAGCCAUAAGGUCUGAAAGGGGUUCCACAGUUUUCACCACAGAGCUUACUGACACGUGCCGAUCUGCAGGGUAUGACGAAAUCAAGAGACUCUUGAGGGAGUCACGUGAUCGAACCAUCAGCGUGAAGGCCGGCAUACCCUAUGAGGAUCAUGUCAGGGCAGUUGAGCAAGAGUUGAGAAAGGUGGAGGAGGAAGCGAACCGUCCAGAAGAGGGAGAAAUGGUCCUGAGGUCUGUGUCAUCCAACUGUCUGCCUCUACUCACCAAACAGUCCAAGGCUUCAUCCAGACCCAGUAGCGUUAAGUCAGGGAAAGGCAGCUCACCAGACCUCUUUUUCCGGGAGAAAAAAUUGAUAGAGAUCUGUGAAGCGAUGGCCCCGCCACAAAUGCCUCUCCUUGGCAGGAAGAUUUCCGCCAAGGCAGGACCAUUUCAACCUUCUUCAAAGGGCACGAAGAGCAAUAAGGUCAACUUGAUACAAUUCAACAGUGGAAUAUCAGCAUCGAUGUUGAGGAAAGAGCGGCAAUUGAGGGACCAUCAUUUGUUUCUCAAAUCCUUGUAUGGUCUACUUAAUGCACUUCAUAACAUGAAGCUGAGGGAUAUACGCUCAAAGGUUCCGCUCUCUAGGGAACUGGUUGAGCGGCUACAGAAAGAAGGCAGUUAUUCCCGGGAGGGAGAACGCGGCAUUGGCAGCAGGGGAACUAACCCUAUACGUCAAAACCUUCGACCACGGAUGUCGAAUGUGGACCUUGAGAACGAGAAUGAUCCAGCUGUCCCUAUGUCCAUGUUUGGCGUCUCAAGAAAGGUCAACCUCCUAGAUAAGGCAAACACAAGUGUAUUUGGACGCAGGUUAUCACGCAAUGCAGGCGGUCCUGAGGAGAAGAAGGGAGGCAUCGAGACGUGGGAGGAUUUACUGAAUAUUCAACGCAUUGAGUAUAAAGAAGAACCCCAACCAACAACCAUUGGCUUUCAGGUUGGGGUCGUUGCCAAGUUCAUGCGCUGGAUUAAACGAGCAAGUAUCAGCCCCGUCCAUGGUGAAUCUUCUGUGUUCCCUCCCAGCCAAGUUCUUCCUCCUGUGUUCGACCCCCCGGAGAAGACCACGCAGGAAAACAAAGUGGAGCCCAAACAGUCUCACGCACAGCGGACGGGUUCGGGGAUAAACACGGUGGAGAAAACGAAGAAACUGCCAAUCUGGCAGCAGGUCGCGCAGGAGAAGUCUACAGUCUUCCAGAACAUUCAAAAAAGGGCUUCAAACCCUGAUGCCACCAUACCGAGGUUUAGAAGAAAUAUAGAAAGAUUGCGGCAAUCGGUACAAAAGGAAAGCACAGCAGAAAUAGAGAAAAUGGUCAGAGAGCGGUCAGCUAACUUCCACCUCAAGUUUGGAAUGUUGAAACUAGAAGAAUGCAGCAGUCUGUUUGAGAAACAACUACACCGAAUACAGGAUGUCAAGGACAAGGCGACUAAGGCCCGCCUUGAGAGCUUCGAUGUCUUACCGUCAAAGUGGUACGAGGAAAUUAAGGAGAGAACACUGACGCUGGUAUCAUCGUACAACCAACCUCAGAUAAUGGAGGCACUCAACAAACUGCAGCGAUACUCUCGCAUGGACAACAAGACUGUACCACUCCCAAAGGCCAAGCUGUGUCUUCUGAUGAUGUCCUUACCGGCGUAUGACAUAUGUCAGAUCCAUGUUCAAAAAGCGCUGAAGCUGAUAUUUGAUAAAAUCCUACUGGGUCAGGAGCCAAAUUUUGAAGAAUGGCUUAAUCAAAGAAAGAUUCCCUACAUGAUUGUUGCUGACACAGUGAGGCCCAUGAGUGCCAUAUACUCGCCCAAACCAUUCAUAGAUGCGUAGUCGGACAUUUUUACGUUAAAGGUGAACUUGAAGACUUACACUUAGAUAUACGCUCCACUAUCUCUACACCUUGGAAGAAAACUGAAAAAAAACAUGAUUUUCUCGAAUACUUUUAAAUAAAAUGGAAGAGAACGUUUUUUUUAAGUAAAUAAACCUUGACAAUCUUAAAUACUUAAUGAG